CCCUUUUUAUUCUUCUUCUCUUUCGUUUUUUACCCGUUAAAGUACAAUAUUUGUUGUCUCUCUCUUUUUCUUUCCUCUACUUUUUGGUCCAUGUAAAUCGUCAUUACCAGCUUUAACUGUCAGGGUUGUCUCCUUGCGGAAACUUGUUUCAGCUCUUCAUAGUCUUGGAACAGCCCAACAAGUGACGUGAAGUUUCCACCAUGUUUUGCAUCUUGUUUGGGUGGCGAAGAGCUUCUAAAUGUAAGAAGCUAAUUAAGCAGCUCCAGUACCGUCUCAAGCUGCUGAAGAACAAGAAAAGUUCGAUUGUGAGAUUUAUACGCGAGGACAUGGCUCAGCUCAUCCAAAAUGGCGAUGAAGAAAAAGCCUUCAACUUGGCUGAGCAGCUCUUUAAAGAGGAGAGCAGAAUGGCCGUAUAUGAGUUGCUGGACAAUUUCUGCGAAUUCAUUCGAAGUAACUUGUCAUAUAUCCGCAAAAACAAGGACUGCCCGAAUGAUAUCAAUGAAGCAGUUUCAACUCUUAUAUAUGCCUCCUCAAGAUGUGGUGAUCUUCCCGAGCUUUGUAAGAUACGGAAGCUCUUUGAAGAGCGCUAUGGUCAGAGAUUUGCAUUGGCUUCGGCUGAACUAUUUUCGGGAAAUCUUGUGAAUUGUCAGAUAAAAGAAAAACUCUGCAUAAAUUCGGUUCCCGAUUAUGUAAAGCACAAAUUGAUGGAUGAAAUAGUUAAGGAUCACUGCUGCCAACCUGGGAUUUUGGCCAUUGAAUAUACUUCUGAUCUGGUACAGGUGGAAGGAAAUGAAAGUUCAGAUGCAAACAAGAUACAUGACUUACAAGUUGAUUCAGAGUUAACUAGGGAGACCAAAUCAACCGGACUAAAUCAAUCUCACUCCCACCGAAAUUCUGAUGCAAAUGGUGCUUCCCUUAGUUCUUCCAUCGUUCAGAAAUCUUCGCCAGAUAUGUUUGAGUUGCCGGAGCAUAAAAAUGCAGGGAAAGUGGGAGAUUUUGCCCAAUUUGAUUCUCCAUUUGAAUUCAGAGUUGCAGUUGAUCUUGGUAAACAAACGCACAGCAGUGGCAGGAUUAGUGCUGACCCUAAAGAACACAGGGAGGAGAGAAUAAUUGCAGCAUCUUCUUCAGAAAGUUUGUCUGAGUUUGACGAGGAAAAGGUAGUCUAUCUUGAUGACAUAGAGGAGCUUCAGACUUCCACGCCAAAAGAUGGAGACUGGCAGGACCAAAGAUUGUUCAAGUUCAAACCAUCUGUCCAGCCAAAGACAAAAACAGUAGAAAGUUAUAUAGAUCAGUAUGACACAUGGAGUGAAAAUUCAAGUUCAAGGAGUUCUAGAAAGAGUGCAAAGACAACUAGGAAACAAUCAAGGAGGAGAUCAUUCUCUCUAGAAAACUCUAACAUAAAGGAUACAGAAUGUAAAGCUUACUAUGAUAAGCCGCGCAAGAGUUCUAGUAGCAAGCACAGAUCUCAUCAUCGGAAAGAGCAUCAGAGGAAGACCUCAGUAGAAGAAAGCACGCGAUCAUGUUAUGGACAGGAGGGACUUAAGCAGGCAUUUUGCAAAGAUGUGGGAAGAAAGUUUCAAUCAUUCAAUUACAACAACUAUGACCAAAUGAAAUUGGGUCAUUGUCAUUUAAACUGCGAAAGGGAUGACUGCAGUUUGGAACAUUCAAGUUAUUUUUGUAUUGGUGAUGACAAAGAAUGGGAAAUUCCACGUAGUAAGUUGCAGACAGGAGCCAUAAAACCAGUGAAGGUGGCAAUUUAUGAUCUGAAAAGUGCAAAUUUUGGUGAUCAUUUAGGCCAGUGCCACUUCUCUCAUCAUAGAAAAUCAGAAGAAAUAGAAAGGCCUGCUCUUCAUCAAAAGUCAAGGAGAAGAACCUCUGACAAUGGUGCAACUGAGUAUAAUAUUUUCACCUACCACCAAGACCGCUGGCAAAAUGAACAGGUUCAAAAUACUAAAGCAAAAGCUGAUUCUCCAGGUGGAUGUGCUGAUUCCAAUAGCUUAACUUCCAAGCCCACUACAAAAAGACCAGAGGCCUCUUAUUUGACCGUGAAGUCAAUGCCUACAGAGAGGCCUACAACAAACAUUGUGCGGAGCAAUUCAUUACCUUGCGAAUAUCCUGAACAUGUCCAUCCGAAGUUGCCAGACUACGAUGAUAUAGCAGCUAAAUUCACGGCUCUCAGGAAAGAGCGUCUGCAGGACAAGCAGCAAUAAAGCAACUAACAAAGACAGGACUAGUUUCUUCCAUUUUCUGGGGGCAAUUCCAAUACCCUAUUGUUAAAUUGUAAGAGCUUCCUAUUCAUUUUUUAAUUUUUUUUGGACAUAUGAUUUGGACAGCCAUAUUAGAAUGAUUUGUUCUUUGAUGUAAGGACUGCUUGGAAAGAGCUAAAAAUGAAUUUUCAGUAAAUGUUCAAUUCAAAUAUGCUGAACAGUACAUUCCAUUCCAUUUGAAGUGAACAACAAUGUAUAAACAUGCAUCAGCCAAUUCUGAAACAACAAUCCUCUGAAUUCAGACAGCAUAUGAACAACAUUGAGCGUGAAGGUGAAAAUAUCAGAAUUUCCAGAAACAAAACCAAUUCCGAAAAUAUAGGUGCCAUGGAAGUCGUGGCCCGGUUUAACAACACGAUCGAGAUCUGAGUUGUACCUUGGGCCUUGU